UGGGGGGGCGGGAUCUGCGGCAUCAAGUUAGAUUAAGCGGGGCCUGGCUGUGACAGGAGAGGCCGAGGCGCGUGAGCGAGUGAGCGGUCGUUUUAUUCAAAUCCCCCCCCCCACCCCCGAUUGAAACCGGGCCUGAAAACAUCCCCGUCUCACCGCCCUGCACAGCCCGAGAGUGGAGGGAGAAGCCGCAAACAUGUCCGGAGACGAGAUGAUUUUCGAUCCCACAAUGACUAAAAAGAAGAAGAAAAAGAAGAAGCCCUUCAUGCUGGAGGAAGAUGGCACCGAGCAGCAGCCAGAGGAGAUGCCGACCACAGAGUCGAAGGAAACAGUACUGUCCGAGAGCGUGGAGGAAAAGGCACUUGACGCAGAUGAUGAGGACACCAAGAAAAAAGACACAACAGAUGAUUUAGAUGACUUGGAUUUCUUCAAUCAGAAGAAGAAAAAGAAAAAACCCAAGAAAGCCUUUGACAUUGACGAUGGUGUAAAGGAUUUGAAGAUUGAAAAUGAAUUGACUGAGCCAGGGGAGGUGGAGGAUGACUCCUUCAUUCUGAGCACAAUGAGGAAGAAGAAACCAAAGGUUGUGAUGUUUGAGGAAGAGUCGUGUAAUGAGAAGAUGGACAAUAUGCUUGACGAUGAUGAUAACAAAAAGGAUGAUGGUAUCACUUUCACCUCUCCGAGCGGCCCGGCCUGGGCUGGAUCGGAGCGGGACUACACUUAUGACGAGUUGCUGACUCGAGUAUUUAAUAUAAUGCGGGAAAAGAACCCCGAUAUGGUGGCCGGUGAGAAGCGCAAGUUUGUAAUGAAACCACCUCAGGUGGUCAGAGUCGGAACCAAGAAGACUUCAUUUGUGAAUUUCACGGAUAUUUGCAAACUUCUCCAUCGUCAACCCAAGCAUCUUCUUGCGUUUUUAUUGGCUGAGUUAGGUACAAGUGGAUCCAUUGAUGGCAACAGCCAGCUUGUAAUCAAAGGAAGGUUUCAGCAGAAACAAAUAGAAAACGUAUUGAGGCGAUACAUCAAGGAAUAUGUGACGUGCCACACCUGUCGAUCACCAGACACCAUCUUGCAGAAAGACACACGUCUGUAUUUCUUACAGUGUGAAACGUGUCAUUCACGAUGUUCAGUCGCCAGCAUCAAGACCGGCUUCCAAGCUGUGACAGGCAAACGAGCACAGCUCCGAGCCAAGGCCAACUAGCCUGGGUCAGAGCCACACUGGCAGUUGGGGAGUGAUGUGAUAGGACUGUUUUACUGGACCCGGGGGUGGGGGUAGGGGAGGGUUUUAAGUGCAUCCCGAAAAGAUAACACAAAUUGGUGCCGAGUCGCCAACUAAGAGGUACCAGAGUGAGAAGGGAGAGCCUUUCUCUGUGAACGCCUCCAGAGAUGAGAGUGUGUUGUGUUAGUACAGUUAAUGUGCCCUCUUCAGGCCACCCAUGUGCAAAUACCCAAGGAGAUUGCCUUCUGCACUGAGACUUGUACUAACUGCAAUAGUGAUUAAGGAAGCUCCUAACGCAUCAAUGCAUCUUACUGCAGUAUCAUCAACUGACCCCCCCCCCCCUCUCCCCGGCCACUGGCUAUCCUGUUCUGGCCGCUUUGUGUUAGGUUGUGGGGAGGGUGGGGGUGGGGAAGGGUGAAAAUUAAAUACUGUCACCAAAUAUAAAUGGUUUAACAAAACAAAUAUCAAUAGGGACACAUUUAGAUUUUUUUUAAUCAAAACAACUUAAUCCAAAUGGCCCCAGCAGCCUAGCUUUUCCAUCUGGCCAGGGUUCAGCACGGUCUAUAGCAACUGACUUUACCAUGUUUUGCAAUGAUCAUGGAGGGUCUCCCCAUGUUCAUCUGGGGUUAUUUUUUGGGGGGAGGGAGGGUGAGAAAGGUGGAUAGGUGGUAUGUAUAACCGAUUACUAUCGCCCUUCUCCUGGAUUGUACACCGACCGGUUGGUGGAAAUGUACUGAGACUUGAGGUGUAAUAAAGUAAUGAAGUUGUUGUUACAGUAACUCUCAACAUGAUUCUGCAACUGUUUGAUUCCAAAUUAAACACUGUUCAAAAUUAAAACUAUAGAGUGACUUGUCGAGGAAGCUGUAAACUAGCUGCUAACACUGAUGGUCACUGCAGAGCAGUUCAGCUGAUCUGAUCGGCAGGAGCUAGGUACCAACUCGAUGGUAACAGGCACCUGUGAGGAGCAUGUGAACACGCAGAGACACAAGAUGGACAUCUGCCUAUCAGUAAGAGCUUUUCAGUGUUUUAAAACUCUGAACUUAACACUGAGUUACUUUUAUAUACUUGUGUUUAUUUGAAUAAGACUUAAGUCUGACACAGGACCAAUCUCGCUCUCGCACCACCAGCCCUCCUGUGUACAAUCCAGCAUCUCCCGGGCACAGUAUUGGACUGUUCUCAAACACAAUGCACAUCUCAUUUAGUUACAUAACAGUCAGAUUAUAGUAUAGUUGGCAAACAUUAAAUGGAUAAUUUGAUGAGUUUAGAAUCUGGGGUUGAGUGAGGUGUCCACUAGCUUUGCAGGGUGAAGUCCCAGACAUUGUUGUCUGUUGCACACUUCACUCAUCCCUCCAAGCUGUUGUUUGGUGGGGUGGAGCGGGAGUGAUGCAGAGGCUCCAAAUUAGCCACGGUUUCCUGCUUAAAACAUGUCUUCCUGAUUAAUCCAAAUCAAUUUGAGUUAUAGUAAUCCUUUCAUUUGAUAUAGCGCCUUAUCAUGUCGUUAUAAAAUUGGCAAAUGGUUUGUUAUUUGGAGAAGGGAAAGGUAGAGAAGUGGCACUAUUUCUUAAGCCAAUUAAGGCAAAAAGUGUUUCUCCCCUUAAAAGCCUGGUUUUCCUGUGUCAAUUAUUCUCCUUUUGUGAGAUUACCAUUAUUUUGGCUGAUUAAUUAUAUACAGCAUUGUCUUUAUUAGUUUCACUGAGAUGCAUCCCUUCCAUUUGCCCAUUAUUCCUGACAUCUGGAUCUUUCACCACAAACAUUCAAAUCCCUGACUUGUUUGUGAGGAGUGUGACAGGCUUGAUGCAUCAUCCUCUGGCCUGUGUUGAGCAUUCUUUCAAAUACAAACUGCGGCAUUUGUGAUUUCGGAGAGAGAGGAAAAUGAUGGUUUUGAUGUUUCCUACUGUAGUUAUGAGGUGGGGGGUGGAUAAUGCCUUUUAGGAAUAAUCCCGAGAAAUGUUGUAGAUGCUGAAUAAAGUGGAUUUUGUAACUAUUUUUCUUUACUGCUGCAACGGAGUGCCGAGUGCAAUUAUUUUUAAGGCGCUGUUGAUCAUUCCCCACCCCACCCUUGUGUGGCAUAUUGAGUGGAACAGACUUGGAGUGCACUGGAAGUUGUUUAAAAUAAAGUAAAAGGACCGCUUGA